UUUCUCAAGGAAAUCUUUCAUUUUUCCUCAAUUUUUAAGAGAAAAAUCACCAAAAUCCAAUUUUUUCGACAUUUUCUGCAGGCAGAAAUUAUUUUUUUGUGAUUUUCGAAAGUUGUCAAGGUCAAACUCUGAGCUAAUUCCGAGAACAUCAUAAAAUUAUCGACCGGCGUGCAGUACAGCUGCGUGGUGAGCAUCGAUAGACCGUCAAAUAGAAGAAAAAUUUUCACGAUUCGCAAGUCGCUCCUCGGUAAAAAGCCAAAUUUCCGCAUUAACGUUUGCCAAAAAUUCCCCAAAGCGCUUCAAGAUGUCCGUGCAAACUGUGUUGCUUGACUUUUCGUUGGAUCCGACGCGCGUAAAUAGCGACGUCGAGUGCAAAGUCGUGAUAAAGUCCAUCGUGGAGUCGCUGAAAAAGUAUUUUGCUGAGCCCGUACUUAUUUUCGAGACAACGUGCGGCGACGGAUACUUGAGUUUGUUCAAGGAUGGCAACACCGUCAUCUCGAUCCGGUGCUUUACGCGAGGUCUCAUCACGCUCAACAUCGAGUACUACAAAAAGGACUCGGAGCAGGGAAAAAUCUCCUUUGAUAAUGCACGAGAAAUUGAAAAAGCUUUGGUUGAAAAGCUCGAACUUAGUCAUGGACAAUCACUUCCAGCGAUCCAAAGAGGGCCCGUGACGAAAUACUUCCCAUCUGCAGAUGAGCGUCUUAUUGAGUAUGACAUCGAUAAAGUGGUUUUCGACAAGCGAUCGCAAUUCCAGAAGAUCCAAAUUGUUCACUCCAAGAGCUUGGGUUACAUGUUGGUGUUGGAUGAGUUACAAAACAUUGCCGAAUCCGACUUAAUUUACACCGAAACGCUCAUGCAGCGCGGCAUCGAGAACUACAAGGACAAGGAAAUUUGCAUCCUGGGCGGCGGCGAUGGCGCCUUGCUCUACGAAUUGCUCAAAGAGGAGCCCAAACACGUCGUCAUGCUCGAAAUUGACGAUUUAGUGAUGGAAGCAUGUAACAAGUACAUGAGUAGCAUUUGCGGCGACGUGCUGGAACAACGCAAAGGUGCCAAUUACGAGAUAAUUGUGGGCGAUUGCAUGGUCUACUUGAACAAGUACAUCAAGGAGGGCCGCAAAUUCGACUAUGUCUUCGGUGAUCUCACGGACAUUCCAAUUACGGAUACGCCCAGCGGUGAAAUUUGGGACUUUAUCCGAACAAUUCUCGAAUCUUCGUUCAAGGUAUUGAAGCCGGACGGGAAAUUUAUGACGCACGGUAAUGGCGCUAGUUGCCCCGAGUCAUUGCAAAUGUACGAAGACCAGUUGAACAAGUUAUCGGCUCCGGUAAAGUUCACGAAGGCACAUGCUUUUGUGCCGUCUUUCAUGGAGGACUGGGUGUUUUAUCAAGUCACGUUCGCCAAUAACGCUUGACUGCCCAAUGGGGACGCAAAAAAUGCAACAAAUUUCAUUUCCUAGCUACAUGACGACGAGUACUCGAAGCAUUUUCUCAGAAAUUUAAACAAUUUUAUUAGCUGAUACAAGCAAUGUUACUUAAUAGAGAUUAAUCGGAGACCUCCAAUGCACAAAAGUUACCUAACAAAUUUUAAAAUUAUUGAAAUUUAUACCAAAUUACUACAAAUAAUCAUCGAUAUUCAAAUCUUAUCAAUCAAAGAAAAUUUAAAUCCAAAAAUAUUUAGAAAUGUAGACGAAAUAAAGUUGUGGA